AUGAGAUUGAGCGGACUAGUGUUUGUAUGUGUAAUUAUAAUUAAAAGCAUUUUAUUCAAACCCGUGCACACAUACAACAUCCUCGGUGUGUUUCCGUUUAUGGGAAAGAGCCAUUUUUAUGUAUUCGAAGCCUACGCAAAGGAGUUGUCUAGAAGGGGACAUAAUGUCACAGUGCUAUCUUACUUUCCGCAGAAGCAGCCUUUAAAAAACUACCACGAUAUCGAUUUAGGAAAGGACAACAAGUAUUUUGAGUUUCGGCAUCCUAUAAAGGUCUCUUUCUUCCAUAUCCUUGUCUCUUUCACGAUAUUGCAACCAGUCGUCGGGCCGUAUACCUGUAGAAUGAUUCUUGAAGAUGACGAAGUUCAAAACUUACUGCGUUCGGGACAGAAGUUCGAUCUUGUAGUUAUGGAGCAAUUUAAUGUGGACUGUCCCUUGGUUAUAGCCUACAAACUCGGAGCACCAGUAAUAGCCAUGACUUCGGGCGUGCUACUACCGUGGCACUAUAGUCGAUAUGGUGUGCCUUACAACCCCUCCUAUGUAUCAUACGACAUCUUUAAAGGCGGAACAAAACCAACCUUCUUAGAACGCAUUGCAAGAACUUUGACCUAUCAUUACAUGAACUUUAUGCAAUCUGUUUGCUCUACGUCUGAAGAUAGGGUGAUAUCCGACUUCUUCAAAGAUGUUCCUCCUAUAGAAGAAUUACGGCGUCAAGUCAAACUUCUACUUCUUUACCAAAAUUUCGUUGUUAGCGGCUCACAAUUAUUGCCAUCAAAUGUAAUUGAGGUUGGUGGUUUUCAUGUAGGAAUACCAAAAAAAUUGCCAAAGGAUUUAAAGGCUUUUAUUGAGGAAUCCGCAAAUGGUGUGAUUUACGUAAGUUUCGGUACAAUACUGAAUGGGUCAUCAAUGCAACGAUAUGUGUAUGACGCAAUAUUGGGAGCGUUAAAGAAAUUACCUUACAGAAUAGUCUGGAAGUGGGAAAAAGAAAUAGAGGGAAAUCCAGACAAUGUUUAUCGUGGAAAAUGGAUGCCUCAGAAUGAUAUAUUAGCGCAUCCAAAAGUUGUAGCUUUUUUCUCGCAUUGUGGUCAGUUGGGGACAACAGAAGCUGUCCAUCAUGGAGUACCUAUCCUCGGGAUGCCAAUAUUAGCUGACCAAUUCGCAAACGCAGCUAUCAUUGAAGAACAGCGUCUGGGUGUACACGUGGAUAUAAACAAAGUGACUAAGGAGAUGCUGUUGGAAAAAUUUAAUACGAUUUUAGAGCCAAGCUUCAGAGCGCACGUCAAGGAACUCUCGAAAAUGUGGAGGGACCGUCCCGUCACCGCUCUUAACACAGCAGUACACUGGACCGAAUUUGUAGCUAGGUACCCAAAUGCCACAUUUAGAUCACCCAUCGCUGAAAUACCUAUGUAUCAAUACCUCUGCUUAGACGGCAAAAGCCAUUACAUCGUUCACCGGAUUUACUUACAAGAGCUCGUAAGACGAGGCCACAACGUAACAAUUAUUUCGCACUUCCCAGAAACGAAUCCGCCGCAAAAUCACCAUGAUGUCAGUCUGGCGGGAAGUAUAAAGAUUUUGGAAGACGACAUGCCUUUAGUGAGAAAUUAUCGAACUGUAAUCAGUAUAGCUACAUUCCUAACUGAAUCGGGACGGGAAAACUGUGAAGUUAUGCUGGCAAAUAAGAACGUGCAAGAUCUAAUGAGACGAAAACCUAAAUUCGAUGUCGCUGUUGUUGAACAAUUUAAUAGUGAUUGUGGUUUGGGGCUAGCCCACGUUCUAGGUGCGCCUGUAGUGGGACUAACAUCGCAUAUAUUAAUGCCUUGGACGUAUAACAGAUUCGGAAUACCAUAUCAUCCGGCGUACGUCUCCUUCCAUUUUCUGGAGGGAGGAACGAAGCCGACGCUGUAUCAAAGAAUUGAAAGAGUGUUAUUCGAUUACUACUUCAAGACUAGGUAUUAUAUGGCUCAGAAGCGUGACCAGCAGUCUCUGGCUAAGUAUUUUGACGAUAUCCCGCCUUUGGAAGAUCUCGCGAAAGAGAUUAAACUUUUACUUCUCUAUCAGAACUUUGUUCUUACUGGCUCGCAAUUAUUCCCAGCUAAUGUGAUUGAAAUUGGCGGUUACCAUGUUUCUGAAGCGAAGCCUUUAACUGGCGAACUUCUAGAAUUCGUGGAAGAGGCGGAACAUGGAGUCAUAUAUAUUAGCUUCGGAUCAGUUAUAAAGAGUUCAACAAUGCCAGAGGAUAAAUUGCAAGCACUUCUGGGCGCUAUAUCUGAACUGCCACAGCGAUUCAUUUGGAAAUGGGAAAGCAAAACGAUGUUGCUAGACAAGAAUAAGCUUUAUCUGGCUGAUUGGUUGCCUCAAGUGGAUAUUUUAGGACACCCAAAAACAUUGGCAUUCUUAUCUCAUGGUGGGAUGGGUGGUACAACAGAAGCCAUACACUUUGGUGUACCAGUGGUAGCCGUGCCCGUCUUCGGAGAUCAGCCCUCAAACGCUGCGGCGAUCGAGGAGAGUGGUCUCGGCGUACAGUUACAAAUCUAUGAGUUGACCAAAGACAAAAUUGUCGGCGCAUUUAAAAAGGUUCUAGAUCCUGGAUUCAGAGCGAACGUGAAGGAAGUGUCCAAAGCGUGGAGCGAUCGUCCAAUGAAACCUCUGGAUACAGCUGUGUACUGGACGGAAUAUGUAGCUCGUCAUCCAAACAUCACUUACAAACCUGCUGCAGUCAAUACGCCCCUGUACCAGUAUAUAUAUCUCGAUAUCGUCAUCGUUUUUGCAUCUACACUACUUGUAUUGUUCCUCUUUACCAAAACGUGCCUUACACUAGCGUGCAAAAAGUCUAAAGUCGUUAAACAAAAGAAUAAGAAGGAUAAAGCGAAGUCAAAACGCAGUUAA